AUGUGUAAGAUGUUCCCAUCAAGCUUGGGGAAGGUAGCCCUAUCUUGGUUCCAUAAGUUGGGGCCACACUCCAUACGAGGAUGGGCACAGCUCGUCGAAGAGUUUACUGCUCGGUUUCUGACAAGUAGGAAAGCCCCCAAAACAUUUGAAAGCCUAUCCAUGAUGAAACAGGGGGAAAGCAAGCCAAUCAAAGAUUACGCUAAAAAAUAUUGGGAAACUUUCAAUGAGAUUGAAAGUUGUAGCGAAGAAUAUGUGAUUGCUAUGUUUAAAACUGACUUGCCUGUUCGAGGAGAGCUAUGUCGGUCAUUAAAUAUGCAUCCGGUAGCAAUGUUGGCUAGGCUAAUGGAGCAAAUUGACCAACAUGCCAGAAUGGAAGAUGACAUACUCCAAGAAGAUGGCAAGUUGGCUACCGACCAAGCCAAGGGGCCUGCUAAGAAGGCAGAUAAACCAGAGCCCAAAACCUAUAGGGAAAGGAAAGAGUACAGGUAUUUUCUAAUUGGGGAAUCACAGCCAGCUGAGGAAGAAGCCGAGUUGGUGAGUUUCUUAGAAGGACAUGUUGAUGUGUUUACAUGGAUACCAGAGGAGAUGCCCGGUGUAGAUGCAGACGUGAUCUGCCACCACUUGAAUGUUGAUCCAUAG